AGAGAGAAAGAGAAAGAGAGAGAGAGAGACGCAACAUCUCCAAACAACUUUCCAGCGCGAGGAAGACGCACCGCGGCCUGAAGCUCCUUCUGUCCACUGGAGAUUUUCUUUCUUUCUUUUCUUUUUUUUUUAGAAGUUAGAGCCUCUCCGCCGGUGUUGACUGGCUGUUGCUAAAGGCUUCGACCGCAUUUAGAUUUUGGGAGACAUCCGAUCUGUGGACAGAAAGGAGUCCAAGUGAGCGGCUCGGUGUGCGCACUGACUCGGCGCUCAGCUCUGCCUUACCCUCCACAGCCCGCUGGUCCCGGGGUUUUAGGCUCAAAAAGACUCUAUUUUUAAAAAAAGAAACUUAAGCUGUGAGAUGACCCUGUCUGGAGGCAGCGAAAGAGCCAGCGACAUGUCCGGCCAAACUGUGCUCACGGCGGAGGACGUGGACAUCGACGUGGUGGGAGAAGGAGACGAGGAGGGCAUGGAGAGGAUGGACAGCGACUGCGACAGUCCCGGUGUGGACAUCCUGCACGACCUCCGCGGGGACGCAGGAGAUGAUGAGGUGGAGGAUGAGAUCGAGGUGGAGAAGGAGGAGGAGGAGGAGAUGAGGUCCGGUGGCAGUCCGUGCUGCGAGAGCUCCGGCGAGGGCGAGAAUGGCACCGGCAAAGGAGAGGGUCACGACGGGAGCGCAGCGUCAGGGGGUUCGAUCCAAAAGUCCAAAAACAGCCUGGUGAAACCGCCCUACUCCUACAUCGCCCUCAUCACCAUGGCCAUCCUCCAGAGCCCGCAGAAGAAGCUCACACUCAGCGGCAUCUGUGAGUUCAUCAGCAGCCGGUUCCAGUACUACAGGGAGAAGUUCCCCGCCUGGCAGAACUCCAUCAGACACAACCUGUCCCUCAACGACUGCUUCGUGAAAAUCCCACGGGAGCCAGGCAACCCCGGCAAGGGCAACUACUGGACCCUGGACCCGGCGUCAGAGGACAUGUUCGACAACGGCAGCUUCCUCCGGCGGAGGAAAAGGUUCAAGCGGGUCCAGCCGGACAUGCUCAGGGACCAGACCGCGCUCAUGAUGCAGAGUUUCGGGGCGUACGGCCUCGGGGGCCCAUACGGGAGGCACUACGGGAUCCACCCGGCUGCGUACUCUCACCCGGCGUCUUUGCAGUACCCUUACAUCCCCCCCGUGGGUCCUAUGUUGCCCCCGGGCGUCCCGCUUCUGCCCUCGGCGGAGCUAAACCGCAAGGCGUUCAACUCCCAGCUCAGCCCGAGCCUUCAGCUGCAGCUCAACAGCCUGAGCACGGCGUCCAUGAUCAAAUCAGAGCCGUCCAACAGACCGUCCUUCAGCAUAGAGAACAUCAUCGGGGUGUCCAGCGCCUCCUCGUCCUCGGCGGGCGCCGCCUUCCUGCGGCCUCCCGUCACUGUACAGUCGGCCCUGCUGAGCGCACAGUCCCUGGGUCUGACCCGGACCUCAGCCGCUGCCAUCGCUCCAAUCCUCAGUGUUCCGUCAAAUAUUAUCUCCGGACACGUUUUACCGUCAGCGGCGGCGGCGGCGGCAGCAGCGGCGGCGGCGGCAGCGGUGUCCAAAUGGCCGUCACAGUGACUUUUUUUUAAAAAAAACGAAAAAAAAAA